UGUGCAAGGGUGAAGUGUGACCAAAUAUAUUUUUCUGUAAAUUAUAGGGAAACCUCUGCUCAGGAUUAAGCUUGAAAAAUCAAUACAAUUUAUCAAUGUGAAAUUAAACUUUAGUGCGCUCAUUAACUAAAUAUUUAAAGGAAACUAAUAUAAUAUUAGAGUCCUAAUUCUUAAAAUAAUGCCACUAUUUGGCAAAAAGGACUCUGGCAAAAAAGCCAAAUCAAAGGAUGCAAAGGAGUUGAACAAGCAGGUGUCAAUUGAGGAAAAAUACAAUCUUCAUGGACUCCUUGGAACAGGUGCAUUUUCAGAGGUUCGUUUGGCUGAAAGUAAAGAAACACCUGGAGAACAUUUUGCUGUUAAAAUAAUUGAUAAAAAAGCUCUCAAAGGAAAGGAGGAAUCCUUGGAGAAUGAAAUAAGAGUUCUGAGAAGGUUCAGUGCAAAUAAUUUUGAUGUCAACAGUUCGAAUGGAACGCGGCUUACACAUCCAAAUAUUGUGCAACUUCUCGAAACAUAUGAGGAUAAAGCGAAAGUAUAUCUGGUUAUGGAAUUAGUUACCGGCGGUGAACUGUUUGACCGAAUCGUUGAAAAAGGAUCUUAUACCGAGAAGGAUGCGUCACAUUUAAUAAGGCAAAUUUUAGAGGCUGUGGAUUACAUGCAUGAACAAGGAGUUGUACACAGGGAUCUAAAACCCGAAAAUCUACUAUAUUAUAGUACAGACGAUGAUAGUAAAAUAAUGAUAAGUGAUUUUGGGUUGUCUAAAAUGGAAGAUUCUGGAAUUAUGGCAACAGCUUGCGGAACUCCUGGAUAUGUAGCUCCAGAAGUAUUGGCUCAAAAGCCCUAUGGUAAAGCUGUUGACGUUUGGAGCAUAGGUGUUAUAUCAUAUAUACUUCUCUGUGGCUAUCCUCCUUUCUAUGAUGAGAACGACGCAAAUCUUUUUGCACAAAUUUUAAAAGGUGAAUUCGAAUUUGAUUCGCCAUAUUGGGAUGAAAUCAGUGACUCGGCGAAGCAGUUUAUUAAAAAUUUAAUGUGCGUAACUGUAGAGAAGCGUUUUACAUGCAAACAAGCAUUAGCGCACCCAUGGAUUUCUGGAAAUGAGGCGAGCAGUAAGAACAUUCACGGAACAGUUUCUGAGCAACUUAAGAAAAAUUUUGCAAAAUCACGUUGGAAGCAAGCAUAUUAUGCAGCGACGGUUAUUCGGCAAAUGCAGCGUAUGGCACUUAGUAGCAAUAAUUCGGCAACAGGUUACGGAACAACGUCAGCGAACACACAAACUGGUAAUGGUAACACUCCCGGGUCUAGCGAGACAAUGGAUGUUUCAAAGGAACCCACAGCAGCUCACUCCGAAACAGCACAUAAGCUCACUUCUUUAAACGACACAUCCGAGCCGACAGAACCUGGGACGAGCUCAAUUAACGACACCCAUAAUCAUCAAUGAUUCUCUUAAAAUCGUAGCUUCAGUGGUCAAGCGAACUAAAUGGUUGCUUUAAAAUAUAUUCCCUUAAGCUACACUAGUACCAAUUCUCCCGCUUAAAUCAAAUACCUAGUCUCCACAAUUUGUACCAAUGGAAACAUUGAAUAAUUUCAUAUUGUCAUUGAUUUAACUAACUCCAUUUUGGAUAUACAACUGCAACGCAACGUACAAAAAUAUAUGCAUGCAAAAAAUAUAUACUUACAUUUGUAUUUUUAACAUCUUA